AUGCCAUUGGAAAUAAAUAAAGAGAAUUUGUUGAAAUACAAGGCUGUGAAAUCAUAUAGAGUUGCUGAAUCCGAGGUUGCACCUGUGACUUCCAUUGAUUUCGAUGACCAUGGUCAAUAUUUAAUUAGCUCCACUGCAAAUGAUACUAUGCAUCUUUAUGAUGCUGUUGGAUUUAGGUUUUUGAACUCAAUUGGCUCUAAGAAAUACGGUUGCCAUUCAGCAAAGUUUACACACGUUCAAAAUGAAUGUAUAUACUCUUCAACAAUGAAAAGUUUCGAUAUUAGACAUUUGAAUCUUGAAACUAAUCAAUAUUUGAGAUAUUUUACAGGACAUGGUGCCCUUGUUAGUGAUAUACAAAUGUCACCAUUGAAUGAUACGUUUUUAUCGUCUUCAUACGAUGAAUCUGUCAGAUUGUGGGAUUUGAGGGCAUCCAAGGCCCAAGCAAUUAUUCCAAGUAUAGUACCAAGUUGCAUAGCAUACGACCCAAGCGGGUUGGUGUUUGCUAUAGGUAACCCUGAGAAUUAUGAAAUAGGAUUAUACGAUGUUGCUAAUCUAACCAAUGGUCCAUUUUUAGUCAUUAAAGUAGAUCCAAAUUUCACAGAUAAGUGGAAUAAACUGGAAUUUUCAAACAAUGGUAAAUAUUUACUUUUAGCAUCAUCAAUGGAUAGACAAUUGAUUCUUGAUGCAUUUGAUGGUUCGAAAUUAUUUGAAUUAUCAGGAAAUAACCCAUUCCCCCUCAGAGAAUUCAUGGAUUCUGGAUCAGCAUGUUUCAGCCCAGAUGGAAAAAUUUCUUUGUCAACACAAUAUAAUGGUAAAAUAGCUAUAUGGAGUCAUGCAGAUUCUAUUAGCGGAGGAUCAACUGUCAAACCUGUUGGUUAUAUAUCGGCUGCUCCGGACUCUUGUCCAAGGACAAUAAAAUUUAAUCCUAAAUAUGCAAUGUUUGUAACAGCAGAUGAAAAUGUGGAUUUUUAUACUUACGAUGACAAUUAA